AAUUUGGAUUUGGGCCCCUAUUAUCUCACCACAUAUUAUCCCUUUCUCUGUUCUUCUUCACCAAAAUUUGAGGAGCUCCAGCUCUCAACUCCCACUUUUCUUCCAAUUUUCUAAGAGGGAAGGAAGCAUGAAUGAACUGGUAGUUUAGAGUAGUCUGAUCAUCAGCCAUCUUUCUAUUCAAUGGCGCUUACUUCAUUGGUCGUAGGAGCGCAUAUACAAUAUGCUAUUCCUGUAUACACCUGCUGCACAAUGUCCUCUCCGAUUGUCAAGGUGAAUCCUCCUAAACUAGUGCUCUGUAUCAGCAGAAGAGUCGGAGCCAUAACAGCAAUGACUUCGUUAUUCUUAACAACAGAAGCAAUUAUGAAUGAUAAAACUGCAAAGAGUCUUGACUUCAGGAUAACAGUCCCUGACCAAACAGUUGAGGAGGCUCAGAGUGUAGUCAGAGAUCAUGCGCAGGCGUUAUUAGAUGUCAAGUUGCUUAUAGACUCGGAAUCUUGGAGGGACGCACAACAAGAAUUACGAAAGAAUUCAUCAUACCUUAAACAAGACUUCUACACAAUUAUCCAGAGCAAAGAGGGCAGCGCCAGGCCUCUUCUGAGGAGGCUCUAUGCUAAUUUAUUCAAUAAUGUUACCAAGUUGGAUUAUGCUGCAAGAGACAAGGAUGUUGCACGAGUCCAGGAAUGUUACAACAACGUUGCAGCUGCUCUGAAAGACUUUUUAUCUAGAAUAUGAAAAUUAUUGCUGUAAUUCUACAACCCCUUUUCUUGAUAUGAGUAAUGGCAUUUUAAUCCUGUAGCUAUUCUCAAUCUACUUGUGAAAGAGAGCAGAAGCAUAUAAACUAAUGUCGGAGAUUAUGGUGGCC